AUGGACACACUGGCUUACAAGUAUGUGGACAAAUUGGGAUCUGAAGCUCAGGGCAUGGGUGUGGAACUGUUGAUGUUCAGGGAUGUGGCCAUUGAUUUCACUGAAGAGGAGUGGAAAUGCCUUCAGCCAGCUCAACAAAGAUUAUAUAGAGAUGUGAUGUUAGAGAAUUACAGAAACUUGGUCUUCCUCGCAAUGAUAUCUCAUAAUACUGAGGAAUUUUCACCAGACCUGGGAAGAAGACAUAUAUUUCAAAAAGUGAUUAGUGGAACAUGUGGAAAUUGUGAUCUUGACCAUUUAGAACACAGGAUAAUAUGGAGAACUUUAAGUGAGAGUGAACAUCAGAAAUUAAAUUAUCAAAAACCAUGCCUUAUUCAACAGCAGAGAACUUAUACUGGAGAGAAGUUCUGCAAAUGUAAAGAAUGUGGCAAAACUUUUAAUGCAAAAUCACACCUUAUUCACAAUCAGAGAGUUCAUACUGGAGAAAAACCCUACAAAUGCUCAGUAUGCAACAAAUCUUACAAUGCAAAAUCAUACCUUAUUUGCCAUCAAAGAAUUCAUACUGGAGAGAAGCCCUACCAAUGUAAAGAAUGUGGCAAAACAUUUGGUCGAAGAUCACACCUUAUUCAACACCAAAGAACUCAUACAGGAGAGAAGCCCUUCAAAUGUACAACAUGCAACAAAGCUUUUAAUCACAAACCACACGUUAUUUGCCAUCAGAGAAUUCAUAUGGGAGAGAAACCCUACAAAUGUAAGGAAUGUGGCAAAGCUUUCUAUCAAAGAACAUGCCUUACUCAACACCAGAGAAUUCAUACAAGAGAGAAGCGCUACCAAUGUAAAGAAUGUGGCAAAACUUUCUAUCAUAGAUCAUACCUUACUCAACACCAGAGAACUCAUACAGGAGAGAAGCCCUUCAAAUGUACAACAUGCAGCAAAGCUUUUAAUGACAAAUCAUGCCUUAUUUGCCACCAGAAAAUUCAUACUGGGGAGAAGCCCUACAAAUGCACAGCAUGCAACAAAGCUUUUAUUGUAAAAUCAUACCUUAGUUUCCAUCAAAGAAUUCAUACUGGAGAGAAGCCCUACCAAUGUAAAGAAUGUGGCAAAGCUUUCUGUCAAAGAUCACACCUUAUUCAACACCAAAGAACUCAUACAGGAGAGAAACCCUUCAAAUGUACAACAUGCAACAAAGCCUUUAAUCACAAAUCACACCUUAUUUGCCAUCAGAGAAUUCAUACUGGAGAGAAGUCCUACAAAUGUAAAGAAUGUGGCAAAACUUUCCAUCAAAAAUCAAACCUUACUCAACACCAGAGAACUCAUACAGGAGAGAAACCCUUCAAAUGUACAACAUGUAACAAAUCUUUUAAUCACAAAUCACGCCUUAUUUGCCAUCAGAGAAUUCAUACUGGAGAGAAGCUCUACAAAUGUAAAGACUGUGGCAAAGCUUUUAAUGACAAAUUGCACCUUAUUUGCCACCGGAGAAUUCAUACUGGAGAGAAGACCUACCAAUGUAAAGAAUGUAUCCUGUAUUUGCAGACAGAGAAAGUACCGGUGAUCCAGUUCAUCUUUCUUGUGCUCCUGAGAAAGGAUGGUGGUGAUGAUGGCUAUGGAAGGAAGGGUCCCACCCUCACAGUCUGGGUCAGAGAAGAAGCUCUGAAGCAGCCAGACACCAACACUGGACACUAUGCUGAGGCCUCCAGAAUGCUGGCACAUGUGGAGUGGGCAAGUCCAGACCUGCACUAUGCAUCCAUCUAUCCAAUACCAGCACUGCCUGAGAGCUGGGCACGUGCAAAAAACAUCGGUGGCCUGGGCAUUUCCUGCAUGGAUCCGCUGAGUGUGGACUCCCCUUGUCUGAGUUUUAAACCAUGCGAGAUCUGCUUUAGGGACCACAGAAGCCUGUGGGGAGGAGAUCCCCAGAGAGCAAAGCACUGCUUCUGUCCCUCAUGUCCUUGUUUGGGCACUGGCGAGCACGAGAGGUGGCGCGGUCUGGUGACAGUUGCUGUGGAGGUCCUGGGGAUGUGGACUCCUCCAUGUCCCCACUGUGCCCCAGGGACAGGGCCUCCUGGUGCCAGGUGUAUUUAG